CAGAACUUUGUUCGCUGUUAAUGCUGUUACGCGCCUACGCGGAUGACUUCUACAUAACGCAACAACAACCAACUAACCCACCUUAUCGUCAGCUCUUCUUAGCUUACCUUUCUUACGUGCAAAGUGCUCAACUUUUUCAUGGUCGGUUCAUCGAAUCUUCUUCUCCAUCUAUAAAACCGGAGGAAUUCCUUCUGGACGAGAGAACUACUCCUGUCUAUUGCUCUGUUUCUUUGGCUGCAGCGUCAUCAUCUUCAUUCAUCAAUAAGUUCCUUCCGCCAUUUCGUCUGCCGGAGAUGAGUGACCCCAAGUAUGCUUAUCCAUACCCUGCUCAAGGCUAUUAUCAAGGCCCCCCUGUAAUGGCACCUCCACAAUAUGCUGCUCCUCCACCCAGGAGAGAACCAGGUUUCCUUGAAGGAUGUCUUGCUGCCUUAUGUUGCUGCUGUCUUCUCGACGAGUGUUGCUGCGAUCCCUCUAUCAUCUUCGUUAGCUGAUCCUUCCUGUCUCCCUUGUCUGUCUCUACUCUCUAACGUUGGAAAUGUGGUUGUGUUAACAGAUACUUGAUGAAUUAGAUAUAUUACAUUAUUACUUUCCCAACUGUGACUUGGUCCCAGGCUUUGUUUUUUUUUUUUUUUUUUUUCUUUUUUCCGCAAUUAAAACCUAAAAGUGGCCCUCUCUUUCGGGGUCUGAGUUUGUGGAUGGAUAUUGAUCAUGGAGAAGAAGAUUGCUUGGAUGGUAGUGAGACUUGAGUUAAUUGGUUCCAGGGGUCUACUCUCCAAGGCAGGAAAAACUAACGUGGAAAAUGUUUUCUGAUUGUUACUUCAUUUUCACGAAACAAAGACAGCGACGUUCAUCCGCUUUUGUUCU